CACCCCUCUUUAUACAAAAGGAAAAAUCCCGUACAAAAAAAUAAAUCAUGAAUUUUCACUCCCCAACUCGGACGAGCUCAAAUCGCUAACUCACAAACCGAGUUCGAAGUCCCACAUUCUCACGCGCGAUAAAAGAGGCGGUUGUUCACUCUUAUUAGGGCUCUCUUUCUCUCAAAUCUCUAAAAUCACAGAAGAAAAUUUCAAUGGCGGUUGACAAACCCUAACCAGGAUCUCCACGAGCUCCUAGAUCGCUCAAUAUUCAAAAAGAGAAGCCUAAUUAGGGCAAAACAAUAGGUUUUCUGGAAACCCUAGGGGCUGUUCGGAAAAUAGUUUUAUCAAACCCAGGGCUCGAUUCGAUCUGUUAUCGGGUCGAUCGAUCGAUGGAGCCUAAGGUACCAAGACCUAGAGGUAGACCAAGGAAACGUAGGAGGCCAGAAGAAGAAGAUGAAAGUGCCGCUGUUGAUAUCAAAUCUAAUAACUCAAAAACUAAAAAGCGGGCAUUCGAGACAAGAUCCGUGGCCCUUGUAGGUCGAUACGUGUUGAAGGAAUUUGGGGAAACUGUUUUUCUAGGGAAGAUUGUUUCUUACGAUGCUGGAUUGUAUAGAGUAGAUUAUGAAGAUGGUGAUUUUGAGGAUCUGGAAAGUGGGGAGCUUCGUGAGUUGAUCUUAGAAGAGUCUUAUUUCGAUGAUGAUUUGAGUAGAAGAAAAGUUAGAUUAGAUGAAUUAGUGAUAAGCAGGAUUGUAAAGGAGGAAAAGAAGAAAGUGGAGGUUUUGAAAAAUGAGGUUGAUGACUUGGAAACUUCGGCUGUAAGCGAGUUGAAUGGUGGAAUGAUGGUUGAGAAUGAUGGGGAGCAAGUCGAAGAUGAUGCAGAUUCUUCUAGUGAUUCUUGUGAGCAUGCACGCGAUAGGGAUUUGUCUUUGGAGGUUGAGGUUCCUCUUAUUCCACCCCCAAUGUUGCCUCCUUCUUCGGGAACAAUUGGUGUGCCAGAGGAGUGCGUUUUGCAUCUGUUUUCUGUGUAUGGUUUUCUAAGGUCAUUUAGCAUCAUUUUAUUUUUAAGCCCGUUUGGAUUGGAUGAUUUUGUGGGGUCAUUAAAUUGUUCUGUUCCAAACCCGUUAUUGGAUUCUGUUCAUGUUGCUUUGAUGCGGGCAUUGAGUUGUCAUCUUGAAACAAUCUCUUCAGAAGGCUCAGAGCUUGCAUCAAAAUGCUUGAGGUGCCUUGACUGGAGCUUGCUCGAUACACUGACUUGGCCUGUUUAUUUGGUCCAGUAUUUUAUGGUAAUGGGAUAUGCAAGAGUACCCAAGGGGAAAGGAUUUUAUGAAGAUGUCUCUGAGAGAGAGUAUUAUUCCUUACAUGUGAGCAGAAAGUUGAUGAUUCUACAACUUCUAUGUGAUGAUGUAUUAGAAUAUGCAGAGCUGAGAGCUGAAAUUGACAUGCGUGAGACAACAGAAGUGGGAAUAGAUCCUGAUGCAGUUGUGGCUGAUCAUCCUGAAAAAGGACCUGGAAGGGUUCAUCCUAGAUAUUCUAAAACUUCAGCAUGCAAGGUGAGGGAGGCAAUGGAGAUUAUUGCAGAGAGCCAUGAGGUCAAGUCAUCUUCUAGAACAUAUUCUUUGGGUUUGAGAAGUACUGAAGGGACUGCUAGUGUUGGUCCUGAUGUAGAUGGAAAUAGUGAUGAGUGCCGUCUUUGUGGCAUGGAUGGGACAUUGCUUUGUUGUGAUGGGUGUCCAUCUGCAUAUCAUUCGAGAUGUAUAGGUGUUAUGAAAAUGUAUAUACCUGAAGGGCCCUGGUAUUGUCCAGAAUGUGCAAUUGAUAAAAUGGGUCCAGCAAUUACAGUAAACACGUCACUUAGAGGAGCAGAGCUUUUUGGUGUUGAUUUAUAUGGGCAAGUCUUCUCGGGUACUUGUAAUCACUUGCUAGUGCUCAAGGCUUCUCUUGACACUGGAUCAUAUCUCAGAUACUACAAUCUGAAUGAUGUUCCACAAAUCCUCCAUGUGCUUUCUUCAUCCAUUCAGUAUAAAACAUUAUAUUUUGAUAUAUGCAAAGCAAUUAUACUCUAUUGGAAUGUGCCAGAAAAUAUUUUCUCUCCACUUGAAAUGGGUGGCAAUGUAGCAAAUAUAAAGGAAGAUGCAAAAUUUUCUACUGGAUCACCUCUGCCUUCUGGAAAGGAAAGUCAUAAAUUUUUGGAUUCAGUUGAUGUUGAGAAUGCAAGUAGCUUCAGUGGAAGCAAUGUGGAGAAUGUGGGAGUUUCGUGUCCAGAUACUUCUAUGGAUGUGAUGAACCAAACUGACCCUCCUGGCUUUAUGAACAAUGGUGGGACAAUGAGAGUGAAGGAUAAUCCUCCAAUGAAUAAGAAGCUAUCUGAGCAGAUUUAUAUUGAGUCUGCUCUGUCUGCUGCUUCAGUUAGCCAGCAAACUGUCUCUGAUGUAACCCAUCAAAGCUUAGUUGACAGAUCAAGUGUCGUAGAUUAUACUUCAUGUGCCUCAGGAAACAGUAGUGACAGUUAUGGUGUGUUUUGCCAGAGCAAAGUGAGCAAUCAUGUGGGUUUUGGAAGGGAUGCAAGAAAUUCUGCUAUUGAUUAUGUAUACAUGGGGAUUUCGUUUAAACCACUUGCUUAUGUAAAUCAUUACAGUUAUGGGCAUUUUGCUGCUACUGCAGCUGCUAAGCUGGCUGUUCUUUCAUCAGAGGAAAGUCAGAUUUCUGAGGUAAACAAAUCAGGCAGUGCCAGAAAAGUUACAUCUGCAAAUGACAUUUUGCUGCAAGUAAAAGCUUUCUCAUCAGUAGCCUCACGGUUUUUCUGGCCAAGUGCUGAAAAGAAGUUGUUGGAUGUUCCAAGGGAAAGGUGUGGCUGGUGUCAUUCUUGCAAGGCCCCAUCUUUAAGCAGGAGAGGAUGCAUGUUGAAUUCUGCUGUCUCCGCUGCCACUAAAAGUGCCAAUAAGAUCCUCGCUGGUCUUCCUCCUUUAAAGAAUGGAGAGGGUAGUCUUCCUAGCAUUGCGACAUAUAUUUUAUACUUGGAGGAGACUUUGCGUGGUCUUGUAGCUGGCUUCUUCUUAAACCCAGAUUAUAGGAAACAAUGGCGCAGAAAAAUAGGAGAAGCUUCAACCUGUAGUGCAAUAAAAGUCCUCUUGCUUGAUCUUGAGGAGAACAUUUCUGUUAUUGCUCUUUCCGAGGACUGGAUCAAGCUAAUGGAUGAUUGGGUAGUAGAGCCUUCUGUGAUUCAAAGCACUUCAUCAACUGUGGGAUUGCCACAGAAACGUGGACCAGGUGGAAGGCGAUGUAGGAAACAAUCUGUUGCAUCUGAAGUUACUGCUGAUGACUGUGAUGAUAAAAGUUUUGAUUGGUGGCGUGGAGGGAAGUUAUCAACCCAUGUAUUUCAGAAAGCCAUUUUACCUGGCUCAAUGGUCAGAAAAGCUGCACAACAAGGUGCUGUGAAAAAGAUUUCUGGUAUUAAUUAUGUUGACGAUUCAGAGAUUCCUAAAAGAAGCAGACAAUUAAUUUGGAGAGCUGCAGUAGAAAGGAGCAAAAAUGCAGCGCAGCUUGCACUUCAGGUUAGAUACCUAGACCAUCAUGUGAGAUGGAAUGAUCUUGUUCGUCCUGAGCAUAACAUCCCGGAUGGAAAAGGUUCCGAGACUGAAGCAUCUGUUUUUAGAAAUGCAAUUAUUUGUGAUAAGAAAACUGUGGAAAGCAAGAUCCAAUAUGGAGUUGCCUUUGGAAAUCAAAAGCAUCUUCCUUCACGUGUCAUGAAGAACAUAAUUGACAUCGAGCAAACUGAAGACAGAAAGGAGAAAUAUUGGUUUCUUAUAACACACAUCCCUUUAUAUUUGAUCAAAGAAUAUGAAGAAAGAAUGAGUAAUGUGGUUUUGCCAUCAGUUAAGAAGCCUUUCAGUGAGUUAUCUGAGUUACAAAGAAGGCAGUUGAAAGCUUCGCGUAGGGAUAUAUUUGCUUAUCUGAUUUGUAGGAGAGAUAAGUUAGAGAAAUGUUCUUGUGCUUCAUGUCAAAUGGAUGUUUUACUGAGGAAUGCAGUCAAGUGUGGCACAUGCCUAGGUUAUUGUCAUCAGGACUGUACAUUAAGCUCAAUGCAUAUGAAUGGGAAAGUUGAGUGCUUGAUCAUUUGCAAGCAGUGUUACCAUGCCAAAGUUCUUGCUCAAAAUGAAGUAAAUACCAAGUCUCCUACCACCAUGUUGUCCAUGCAAGGACGAGACUGUCACAGCACACCAGCAGUCACCAAAGGGAUGCAGGUUAAAGGUUCUACUAAGCCCAUAAAACCACUGGCCUCUAUCAGAAUUAAGGAGAAUUCUGUCAGAACUCAAGAAAGAAGUUCUGAUAUGAAGCAAUCUGCUUCUCUUUCUGGCUUAGCAGCUAAACGAAGCAAGUUGUGUAAUUGGGGUGUCAUAUGGAGGAAAAAGAACAGUAAUGAAACUGGAAUUGACUUCAGGCGUGCAAACAUUCUCACAAAGGGUGGUUCAGAUAACCACUUUUUGAAGCCUAUUUGUGAGCUGUGUGAACAACCCUAUAAUUCUGAUCUGAUGUAUAUUCACUGUGAAACUUGCAGAAAAUGGUACCAUGCUGAGGCUGUUGAACUUGAGGAGUCAAGGAUUUUUGAUGUGGUUGGAUUCAAAUGUUGCAAGUGUCGAAGGAUAAGAGGACCUGAGUGUCCUUUCAUGGACCCUGAACUUAGAGAGCAAAAGUUCAAGAAACGGUUUGGAAAGCCGCAGAAACAGGGGAAAGGAAGCGUUGUAUUGGACUCUGAUUUUGGAACUAUUUCCAACUUUAAAGAGUGUAAUUCCAUCACUCCUAUCAUCUCUACAAAGGAUGAGCUUGUACUGGCUAAUGAUCCUGAUCUUUUCUCCCUUUCAAAAGUUGACCAAAUAACAGAGAACAAUUCAGCAGUGGAUGUUGAGUUGAAUAGUGCUUGUGGCCCUGGGCUGCAGAAGUUACCAGUCAGAAGGCAUAUGAAGCGGGAAGGGGAGGUGGAUGGUCUUGCUGGGGGUGAUCUUGAACAUGUUGAACCUGUUGAAUUGUCCACAUGUCCUGAACCUAAUGAUUUUGUGGUGCCCAAGGAGGAUUCAUCGCUUCCUUUUGCAGAAUGGGAUGUUUCUGGCAAUGGCCUUGAAGGUGAGCUGCUAUUUGAUUAUGAAAGUCUAAACUAUGAGGAUAUGGAGUUUGAGCCGCAGACAUAUUUCUCUUUUACUGAGCUGCUAGCAUCUGAUGAUGGUGGUCAAGUUGAUGGAAAUGAUGCAACGGGGGAUGGGCCAGGAAACUGGGAGAAUGCAUCUUGUUCAAUUUCAAAGGAUGUGGUCCCUGAACAGUGCGAAAUUGAUACUUUUGAUAAUCAAGUGGAACCCAUGAACUCUGAUGUUAAAACACUGCAUUGUCAUAUGUGUCUACAGAAUGAACCUGCUCCUGAACUUUAUUGUGAUAUUUGUGGGUUUUUGAUUCAUAGCCAUUGUUCUCCUUGGGAUGAAUCUUCGUCUUCAGAAGGCAACUGGAGGUGUGGCCGAUGCCGAGAAUGGCGCUAGUUGGCUUGAGAUUGUCUUCUGUAUCUGUUAGUUUAAUUGUUAGAGGGAGGCAAAGUGACAAUUUUUUUUUUACCAUAGUGGUCAUUGAGGUUACGCAUUGGUGGUGGAGGAAACUUAAAGUCCCAAUGCCCCGUUGCUUUGGUUUCUCGAGGAUGAGAAACUUGUGCAUCUUUUGCAGUGGCUUUUUUGUUGAUGCUUCUUGAGACCUUCCUAUGAUUGGAUCAGUAGGGGUGCUCUUUCAUCAUCAGAAGAAGCAAAAAGACAAACUAGACCGUCAUUCCAAUCGUUUGGAGAAAUACGUUGAAGGGCAAGAUGAAGGGAAAGAUAACACAAGGUUUAGAUAUUUACGAAGAGCUUGAAAGAUAAGCAAGCUUUUUUUAUUUUUUAUUUUAUGUUGUGCUUAUCUGAUUGGCAUUAUUUUUGUAUAAAUCAAAAUCCCAAGUAUUGUCCCAAUUUUUAAGAUAAACAAAGGAUUUAAGACGUUACUACGACUCAAAACAGCCUUCUUUUGCCCUUUUCUUUCUUUC